AUGAAGUUUCUUUCUUCAAGUGUUUAUGGUGUUCCUUUGACCAGUGGUUGUUCUGUUGAGUCGGCGCAAGAUAGUCUCUUUUUGUACAGUGGUCGGUCUCUGCCAGGUAGUAUCUCGUCCAAAUCCGGUAGAUUCAAAAAGUCCAACUCUGUAUCGCCCAAUGAUCAUGUUGUCACUGAAUAUGCGGAGAGCUCAUCUUCUCAGAAAUUUCAAUUGACUCCUAGCCAUGUACCACCAGCAACAAGCAGAAUACCAAAUUCCUUUUCUCCUCAGAACAGAGUAUCUGUACAAUCUAUGCAAGACAUUCCAUCACCAAAGAAAAAGCUUCCAACUCGUGCAGCCUCCACAGCUAGCAAACUUAGGAAAUCUCUUUCAGCUUCUUUUCGUACCGAUGAUAAAAAUUCUAUUCAAGCACUCAAGGAUGCGCCAACAAAAGAAAAUAGCUGGUCCACUUCAACUAAAACGGCAUAUGUAGCUGGGGGGCGCCUUCCUAAAAAGUUUCCGACUUCCUCGACGACUUCCAACAAUAGAUCAUCUAUUCAUUCGACAAAGAAUCUUCCAUCGUUAGAGAAGGAUCUAUCACUUCCGGCGCGAGCAUCAUCUACAACCAGUAGACGUUCUAUAGGAAUAAAGGCACCACCAAUGAUGAAUCAAACAACACCAAAGUCCGAACACUCAAGUCCACCAACAACUGCAAAGCGAUCAUCAAUAGUUUCAUUUCGGAUUCCCGAAGGUGCUCAAAUCAAUUCACCACAAAAUGAUAUGUUAUUAGCUAUUCAUCUGCCGCCGAGUGCGAGCAAAUCGAGCCGCUCGAGUUGGCUUUCUACUGCAUCGCGUACCUCAUCUACGAAAAGCAGGAAUCAACCUCAAUCUGCAAGACUCCAGCGUUUGGCACUAGGCGGCGGCAGAGAAACCCUACGGUCUCAACGGCAAUAUGUUUCGACUAGUGCCAAAGAGACUACCCUUCCUUGGGAUCCUCCUUUCGACAGGAAUUGGGACCUUAUGGCUGAUGAUGGUGUGCCUGUUGAUUUCAACGAUACUUUUAAGCAUUGUCUUCCACGACAAAACAAAAAUUUCUCUAUAUUUUUUGAUCUGCCCAUCAACGUCCGCCGAAAGGUAUAUUCUUACUGUUUGCCUGACAGAAAAAGUAUUACAGUACUACUAUCACCUCAUUUUGUUAUAAAGAACUGCUACCAUGGAUAUUACUUCAGUUCACCUUGGAAAGUUCUUGAAAGCGUUGCAGGAGGAUUGGCCUCUUUCAGCCUAAUGAGAAAUGAUUUGAUGACCUAUUUCUGGACCGAAUACCAAUUUCAUGUAACUUUGUCACCAUUUUGCAAUCCAACUUUCACUCCACUCUCAAGUGUUUGGUUACCCAACUUUCUGGAUAGGAUUCAACACCUUACAAUCGAAAUUGAUCUUACUAGAUUCGGUGGUAACGCACUCAAGUUUGCUAGACGCUUCGGGUACAACAUGGAAAAAAUGGAAAAUCUUUUCCUUGCUGUUGUCAAUGGAUUAACAAAACGAGAGGGCAAAAUGGCCGAGCUUACAUUGUUGUGUCGACGCUUUAAUGGCUAUCGGCCAAUCGAUGAAAAUGAUCCUGACUGGAAAGCAGACGACUUUUUUGAAUACUUUCCGAAAGAGGCUAUGCAAUUUUGUGAUGCAGUUAUAAACCUUCGUGGCAUUGUCAAGUCGGUCAGAAUAGCGGGAUUUCCUCUAGAUUAUACUAAGACUUUACUCAAUUCUAUGUUCGGUCAAGAAGAAUCUAUGUGCCAAUUCAUUAUCCCAGGUCGAUCUGCAUGGCCACCGCUCCCUCAAUUAUAUGCGGGUCUAAAACACACAUCAAAUCUAUACGCCUCGUCUAUGGCUCCAACGUCAUCAGAAUUCCCUGAUCAUCAGGACAGCAUCAAUAUUCCAUGGUUGAACGAAGCAUCAGUUUGUUCUAUUGAAUACCCUGAAGAUUAUGAUGAAGGUCUAAUAAGACCAGAUACUUCGUUGUCUGUUACGACGGUCGGUGACCACCUCAAAUUAUAUCAAGAUCUUUCACCAUCGACUAUUUCGACUAAUCUAUCUCCUGACUCGGUGAACCCGUUAUCAGACACAACUAGAACAUCUGCUAGGAAUACUACAGUUGCUUACCAAGCAAUGUCAGCAGAGGAUCGUAACAACUCGAAACGACAUACGAAUAAGCUCAAUCCACGAAAUUCCAAGGAUUUUACUCCCAGUCACUUAUGUUGUCAACCAAGAGAUGGAACCCAGGUUGAUUUGAUGAGUCAACGAGAACAAAAAGUUUCUGACCCUGACAUGAUUAAUCUGAUACAACAAGCGUCAAAGGAUACCUGGACUAAUCAAAGAGUAAAUCAAACGGAAACUCAUCCAUCUGGAGAAAAUAGUGAUGAUCGUCGGACAGUUGGCACUGUAAAUGACGGGAUUUUACGGAGAACCUCAAAUUCUCAAAUUAAAAGGAAAUCACAAUUCGGAGAAUGGCAAAUGCCGGAUAUUCCAGAGAGCCCCUUGAGUAAAACUAAUGCCCGUGACCAUAUUCCCAUUUCAGAAAUUAGACCUGGCACGCUUAAAGCUUCCAAUGAUCUUCACAUACGUCGCACACAUGCUCAUAUAGAAAAGUCAACAUCAGAGAGCGAUGAAGGCGCCAACAAGCCUCCAUCACUAUAUACAUCUCAAACCUCUAAACAGGAAGAUUAUGAAAAUGCUAACGAUGGGAGUCGGAUCUUCACCCCUCCACGGAAUUCCAUAUCAGAAGUUCCCGAGGACUGCAAUGAUUAUAGUUCACCCCGACCUUUCUCACAGGUCACCCAUCCUGAUAUCCAACAAUCGGACCCUGAAAAUCCUAUCGACCGUCGCCUACUCCGCACUCCUUCACCGCCAGCAACACUAGUACUAGCAACCUCCCCCAAUACACUAAACAGCAUCAAUGAAAGAGACCCCAAAUAUAUCCUCAGUAUCCUAGCUCUCCGAUCCGCUUCUACAUCCACCGAAAGUGUCCUUAAAGCACCAACAAAAGUUCUCCGGCCUACCUCAUUAGCACAUCCUACGACUUGGCCAGGUAGCGUCGAAUCUGGAGAGUUGGAUUGGAAGAAAUCGAGAUUUAUGAGUUUGUUUCGACGAAGUGGUUAA